AUAUUCUUCUAUGCCCUACGUCCGGGCUUCGUGCGCACGCAACGUAUCACUCAAUGGCACAUCACCAACUUGAUCGUACAAGUCGUCUUCGACUACGUGCUCGUCAAGACUUGCGGUGUUCGCCCGCUCAUAUAUUUGCUGGCGUCAAGCUUCUUUGCGGGGAGCCUGCACCCGUGCGCGGGCCACUUCAUCGCCGAGCACUACGUGUGGGAUGGCCUUCUCCAAGAGACGUACUCGUAUUACGGCCCUCUCAACAUCCUCGCUUAUAAUGUUGGGUACCAUAACGAACACCAUGACUUCCCAUCGGUCGCAUGGACACGGCUGCCAGCGCUACGUGCGCUCGCACCGGAAUUCUACGACACGCUCCCGUCACACCCGUCCUGGCCCAUGGUCACCAUCAACUUCAUCCGUGACCCGGAGGUCGGCAUCUUCGCACGGGUGAAGCGUCCGAUGAAGGGCAAGGCGCAGCCUGCGCAGGAAACUAAGCAGCCUAAGAAUGCUGCCAAGGAUGCUAGUGACUCGGAUGAGGGGACGGAGUAG